GAAAGGUCUCCCGCCUCGCUGCUCCUCAGGCCCCGGCCGCCCCCGCCAACGACGACGACGACGACGACGCCACCUCCUCCCACUCCAUGGCCGCCGCUUACCCGGCUGCCGUCGCUGCUGCUGCUGCUGCUGCCGCUGCCGCCGCCGCUGCAUUGUGGGAAGCGGCCGCCUGAGUCGGACCCACCUCGCUCGCUCGCUCGCUCGCCGCCGCCUGCAUCAGCCGCCCGCCGCCAUGGGCGCCGUCACCGAUGAUGAAGUUAUUCGCAAACGACUAUUGAUUGACGGAGAUGGUGCUGGUGACGACAGACGAAUUAAUUUGUUGGAGAGUUUCAUCAAGUGGUGCAACUCCGGAUCUCAUGAAGAAGGCUACACCCAGUACCAACGCAUGCUGAGCACUCUGUCACAGUGUGAAUUUUCAAUGGGAAAAACCUUGCUUGUAUAUGAUAUGAACCUCAGAGAAAUGGAGAACUAUGAAAAAAUCUACAAAGAUAUAGAAAAUAACAUAGCUGCAGCACAUGAGAAAAUUGCAGAGUGCAAAAAGCAGAUUCUUCAGGCAAAAAGAAUACGAAAAAAUCGCCAAGAAUAUGAUGCUUUGGCUAAAGUAAUACAGCAUCAUCCGGAUAGGCAUGAAACACUCAAGCAGUUAGAAGCUCUGGGAAAAGAACUUCAGCAUCUCUCCCAUAUCAAAGAAAAUGUAGAAGACAAACUGGAGUUGAGACGAAAGCAGUUCCAUGUACUUCUGAGCACCAUCCAUGAACUUCAGCAAACACUGGAAAAUGAUGAGAAGCUUUCAGAAGCAGAAGAUGCCUCCGAUACACCAAUGGUAUCUGCAGAUAAACAAUAGACAGACCCUGGAUAUAAC